GCCAAUUCAAGUUUUUCUUGCUACACAGGAGAUGAGCGGAAUAUGUCAUCUAAGGCAAUAAAAUUGUUUCUUUCAGAUAAAAGUUUGAUUGUCCGCUGUCAUUUGUAUAAUAUUAAUAAGCCCGACACCGUGGAGAACAGACGGAAGAAUCUGGUUCUUUUCACUUCAUCUGGUCUUGCUCCCAGCAUCCAGAUCUUCAACAGUACCUACUCCAAAGUCUUCUACUUCAAAAUGACUCUGGGAGAAGGUGUGGAUUCGUGGAGUAUUGAAAUCCAACGAGAAGAGUUAACAUAUAAUACAGAUGUUGCUCCAAUUGAGGAAUGGCUUGUAAAAUUUAAUAUGCAUCAUGGUUUAAAUAUGUUCACUACUACGGGAACCUUGUUGGAUAUUGUACGAGAUCCUCUUCUUCAGUGGUAUUGGUCCCUUGGUGAAGAUGUGAAUUUUAAUGAUACAUUGUCUGAAGUAGCCGAUAUCAAAAUAGCAAAAACACCUUGUGCAAGUGAUGUAGCAGUAAUUGGUCCGAUCUAUAAAAGUAGAAAAAUAGGAGUAAUUUUAGGAUUGACUGACAGUGGAUUUAUGGAUGGGGAUGUGGUAUGGUAUAACCUGUCUGCUACCAUUUGUGCCAUCUUGGAAAACGAUUGUUUUGGACUUGCGCUUGUGGAUCUCACUGUAACAAAUACUCGUCUUGUACUCCUCACCUCACUAGGAUUAUUUAUCAGUAAUGAUCUGCGCAUUAAAACUGGACAGCUGUUGCAGGUACAUAUGUGUACUUCUAAAUACCCCUGUGUCCCCUUCCCCCAAUCAUCUAAUGUUUUAAAAACCACUGCGGACUAUGUUGGUCUGUCAUUCAACAAAGAUAAGUCAUUGAGCCAGCAUAAGGAGCAUUUCAACCUUUAUGAGGUCUUUGGAGGAGUCACUGUUUGGGGUCCUCACAUUGCUUAUAUUCACCAGGGGCCAUUGGUUCAGUAUUGUGGGUCCAAAAAAAGCAGUUUCAGAGCCCCAAUCCAGAACAGGCUUCUGAUCCAGACUGAAGUCCCACAACAGUUUCUGGCAGAAAAUUCUAUCAACCUCCUGGUCAGUGGCAGUGGCUCUCCUGCUAGGAGGCCAGGUACACACCAUUGCCCCUCCCCACAAUCUACUCCAGUAUAUUCAGAGCUCAAUGGAUUCUUUAACAAAGCUUUUAAGUUCAAACAACAAUGUAUUUCUAAAUCGAUUACCUUGCAUCCAUUUGUUGUUGUUUUUAAAAAACAGGAAUCGACUUGUUUCUAUAGCAAUGAGACAUUUCAAAAAUGGCACAGCUGCUUGCCUCACAAAAUGAAAGGUGAAGGGCACUUUUCCAGACGGGUGGUUUCUUUUCUCGUUGAUUAUGAACAGAACACUGGUGUUGCUUUGUUAUCUCAACAGAAUCGGGCAUUGGUAUCAGUGCAUAAGUUAACAGGCGGCAGCAUGAAUAAAAAAAGAAAAUUCCCAGCCUUCUGGUUUCCAGAUAAGAGAUUUAUACCAAAUGGAUUGUAUUUUCACACAAACAGCCAUUUUCUGUAUGCAUAUGGCAAUCAGGUGUGGAUUUCUUAUGAUGGAGGCGGCACUUUUAUACCGUUAUUUACCCUAAAUGCUGAGAUGAUUAUAGAUGCAGAUUCAUGUGUUUACACCCAAGCGAUUAUAUUUGUGACUGACUCGGCAAACCUAAGGCAGAUAGGGAGAAGCAAGUGGAAGCAACUGAUGCACCUAAGGAAUUCACUCUCUGCUGGGCAGAACCAAGGAGCCCUAAGGGUGCCCAAACCAAGAAGUUUACUGACAUAUGCCAAGCUUUUCCCGCCGGCAAAGGGUAUCUUCAACAUGUACUUUGACCACCUGGGAAUAUUAAAUCAUAUUUCUCUGAAUGAUACAACUGACACAUUUGUGAAAGAAACGAAUGUGGAUGUGGACACUUUAUUGAAGGUUAAGUAUGCUUUUGAUGAGCAAAUGAAAAAUGUCUAUGAGAUUAACUAUGCUGUUCCGAACGAUCAGAUUGAUCUCGCCAAGGUGGAACACAACCGCAUUUGGUGGACAAAACGCAAGCUCGUGACGCAACCAAGGCCAGGAGGAUCGUGUAUAAUCAAAGAGGUUUUUAGGACGCCAGCUCCUCCGGGCUUUAUAUCAUCUGUGCUGGUAGAUGUUCUAGAUCGGUUUCCUGUUGAAUCAAAACUUGAUAGCCCGUGUACAGAAAACACUUUAAGAAUUUUGCCCCCUACAGGGACCAGUAUAUCAUACACGCUUCACCUGACUUCUCCAGGUCCUUAUAUGUUCAAACCAACCGAUACUGAGAAAACAGUGGUGAUUCCAGGCAGUAGCAGUUUCUUCAUUGUUCAAUAUGUGGAUAACCAAAAUGCUUUAGGAGAUGCUACUAUGCCUAAUAGGGUGCUUUUAAAUACAGACAUUCCACCUGGGAGGUGGUUCUUGUAUGACUUUGGCACUGUAACUAAAAGAAAAUGGAAAAUUGUUGUUGACAUAUGUAGAUAUACAAUACAACAGUUUGAUGACCUACCACGCCAUGCCAUUAAAUACUUGGAUCUUGGGUCAAAGCUGGAAUUUAAAUUCAGAGUGACUCCAGUUAAUGUAGCGUAUAAUGUGUUUCACGAUAGGCUAAUGUACAUAGCAAUUGGAAGGCCUUCUCUACUGGAUGUGAACACAAAAACUUACUUUGAUGACAACAAUAGCAAUUUAAUCGAUAUCACUGUUCAUAGUAGAUUUUUUGAACAGGGUAAAACCACCAUAUCUGUGAUUAUCGCAUCGGGAUCUCUCCGAUGUGAAGUGACAACUAUUGUCUUAAUGCUGAAGAGUGCUUGCUCCUAUCUUAAAUCAAUGCACUAUGUUCUAUCUGCUAAAACCUCUCCUUCGGACUGGCUAGUUGAGGAUGUCAGCGCUGAACCAAAUGGCUCAGCGAUUGCCAGACUUUUAAAGCAGCUACCGGUGAACUACAGACCACCAUCUGUUUUGGGAAUUGCUGUUCCACUCACAGAAAACUUCUAUAAUGCUGACCCCAGCAAACCUAAACUGAGGGAUUAUUUUACAAAUUCAAAAAAAUCUGGACGGUACAAGCAAUGUGCUGGCAAGUCAACGCGCUCUGAAUGUGGAUGUACAGAAAAUAUGAAGCUGUCAUUUUCUGUUGCCUUUUCUGAUUGCAAGGAGAAGGCCCUGCGAAUGAAAUUCCCAGUAUCAAGGCUUCCUCUCUAUUUCACCAUUGAGGAUGAGGGUCGCUCUGUAAAUCUGACAGCUCCUUAUUUUAUCACAAUCACAGAAGUCAACAACAGAACGAACUGGAAAGUUUCGGGUAGGAAGCGGAAGAAUCUUGGGAUUCAUCAGUAUCUUUCAUAUUGGAGAGGUUCUACCAAUAAAACAUCAAGUACGUUAAAAAUGAAAAAAUAUUUGGAGCACAGACUCAAUACUGAACUAUAUAAUCCAGAUGGCCUAUCUAUAACGAUAACUGGAUCUGAGCUUUUCCAUUUCAGGGUAUCAACUAUUCCUGGAGUCUCCUUUUGUAACUUAUUUGACGAAUUUCAGAUUUAUAUUGACGAUUCUCCACUGGCAUUCCCAGGAAACUCUCUUAUCGGUUCAAUGACAGCUAUAGUAAUUGGAGGCAUUAUUUUUGCGGCAUUUCUUCUGUAUGUAUUUGAAAUUGACAUAUGGAACUUCUUAAAAAUGAAACUAAGAAGAAAUAAAGUGGCAUCAAAACCCGCACCCAAGAGAGAUUCAGUAAAUUCUGGUGAUUCUGCAGGAACUAGUUGACUGGCAAUAGUAAUAACGUUAUAAUAAUGUGUUGGUUUUUAAAGUUGCUGUAAGAACCCCCUGUUGCUUUUUU